AUGAGUUUUAGUCAAAGCCUUGUUAAAUCAAAAGAAAAUGAAGAAAGUCGAGCCAAAUCCACACCAAUUGCCAUGGUGGCACCUGAACUUAAACAAAAUACUGAUGCUGAUACAGAGAUAACAAAGACUUGUGCAGUAUUAGGAUGUGAGGAAUCCAAGAACUUAGGUUCUGAAUUAUAUUUUAGGUUCCCUGAUGAUGAUCAUUUACGGCAAAUAUGGGCAGAUCUAACAGGCAGGAACAACUGGACACCAACAGAUUACUCCUACAUCUGUAUCGAACAUUUUUCCGUAGAUUGUUUUGAAUGUAAUGCUGAUAAUUCUGUUGUCUUAAAUAGUAAAGCUGUACCUUCACUGAAGUUACCUAAACAUGUUUUAGAAGUGGAAUAUAUAGAUGAAGAAAGUCUUGAAAAUGAAUAUGAAGAUGAGGAUUACUUAAUGGACAGUGAUGAACUUGAACAGGAAGAACUGUCUCAAACCAAAGCUUUAACAAAUGGUACAAGCUCAGAAAAACAGACCACAAAAACUAAAGAACUAACAGAAGAAGAAAAUAUUGAAAUACUUAAACUAUUCACAGAAGUUCAAAAAAUGCAAAAACAUGCUGUGUCAUUGAAAGAAAAGUUAAAAUCAAGAAUGAAAGUUUAUAAACGUCAAAAUAGAUUUUUAAUGCGCCUAAAAGAAGUUAUAGAGAUGAAGCGAAAUAUAUUAAAUCAGAAAAGAAAGAAAAAAUCAAGAAUUUUACUAUCUCUGCAGGACAAAAUGAGGGAAGAUACCAAUGGUCUUGUAUUAGCAAUGCCUACAAGACAUACGGACGACUUGAAAAACUUUGCACUUAGUGUAUAUAAAUAUUCACCUCAAGCGUACAUUUAUAUUAGGAAUACAUUAAGGACUUUGUUGCCGAGUACUGAUGUUUUAGAAUCAUGGAUCUCGGGAGGUUAUGAGCCUAAGAAUAUAUUGUCUAAUAGUAAUUUGAUUAAAGUUGUUUCUGAAUUGACUGAUACAGAGUUAUCAUGUAAAGUGUCGUUACGC